AUGACGAUUGGUGGCUGUUGUGACGAUGCAGACUCACCUCUGCUAUGGAUCCUUACCUCUGAGAUCACUGGUCAGGAAGGAGGUGCCAUAAGUAUCCAGUGUCAUCACUCUGAGGAUUUCAAAUUCAUUUCAAAGUAUUGGCAAAGGGGACUGGAAUGGAAUUCGUGUGAGACUCUGACUUCAGUUACAUUUGGAGAAGAUCAAUCCCAGAGAAGCUUUCCUCUGAGUAGAAGCAGAUUGGACAUGACUGACAGUGGUCAUUACUGGUGUGUGGGUGAAUAUAGUGAAGUUAAACUGGGAACUCCUUUGGAACUGAGAGUUAAAGCCUCAUCACUCCUGUGGAUCAAUGAUUCUGUAGUCACUGGUAUACGAGGAGGAAUGGUCAGCAUCCGGUGUCAUUACACUCAGGAUUACAAAUGCUAUGUGAAACAAUGGUGCAAAGGAGAAGAAUGGAACUCGUGUGAAAUUGUGGCCCAGGCAAUGACGUGGAAAGUAGGGGAUAAAGUAAGACUUGAUGAUGAUGAGUCUCAGGACAUCUUCACAGUGAAUGUGAGCGCGCUAGAGAUGACUGACGCUGGGCAUUACUGGUGUAUAAUGGAGAACAAUGAAGUUAAACUGGGAACUGCUGUGAAACUCAUAGUGAAAGAAGUUCUACCAAGCACAGAAACAUCAACUUCUGGAAUACCACCCACAGUGCAGACCUCAUCAGAUAUGCCAAGCCUUUCACAUAAAGAAAAAGCAUUUAUAUCCUUGGCAAUAAUGGGAAGUUCACUGAUCCUUUUCCUUGCUCUGAGCAUUAUACUUAAAAGAUACGUGACAAAGAUGAAGGGUGAGUUGUAUGUAAUAAUCACGACAAUAUGACAGAAUGAUGUAUCAGAAUUCAUAUUUUUUAACUCCCAUCCAUUUUCAAACCCUCCUAAUACAACAGUUCAAGUACAUGAUGGCUAAUAAGCAUGUGAUGCAAGGCAGGAUCUAAACAAACUUGAAUGGAGUGUCAAGAUUGUAAAUAUGUGUUUACAGUAGAUAGAUAGAUAGAUAGAACUUUACAUUAUGCUUGAU